UCAAUCUAGUAUUCUUUAAGCAACAGUUGACAGUCGCUUUAAUUUUUCUUCGCUGUCUCAACAAUUGUAAAUUUGUUAAUUUUUUUGCAGCCUUCAAGAAACAAGAUGACUGAUAAUCAGCCACCCCCGAAAGCGGAGAGAAAGAAAAUAGUUAUCAUGGAGCCCCACGAAGAAGCGGGUACUGAAAAACGGAAAGAAGGCGGAAAACGAUACCGAAAAUCCAUUUUUCCUGGUUUUCGCGAAAGCAUCAUGAUGGACAGUCGCAUGUCAACUUUUGCCAGUGAUUUACACCGGCAAUCAUCAGUUGCCGCGUUUAGUAGAAUGUUGGAUACCGCAUUACCAUCGUUGCCAUCGCAUCGGUUUAGUCGCAGAAGCACAAUGUACUCAACACCACGCUUUCAAAACACUUACCGCCUAGAAUCGCGCCAUCCAUUCAAGCGAGAAAAAGUUGAACAUAUUGUAGAUCGCUAUCUGAAGGUCUUCCUGGACAGUCACAAAUACAACCCCAAACAGGCUAAACUUUUGGCGGAGAACAUGAGCAUAGAACUUAAGAAUCUGAUUAAGUUUUGCAACUACGAUCGGUAUCGUGUUGUUUCAGUUGUUACGAUUGGGGAUAAAUCAUCGCAAGAUUUCAAGUGCGUUAUGCGAUUCGUUUGGGAUGCCGAGAAGGACGGCUACAUAAAUUUCGCCUAUGAGACUCCGACCUAUUUUGUAAUUGCUACUAUUUUUGCGAUUUAUUAUGAAUAGUUUAUAGUUUUAGUCACUGCAGAUUUAUUGGAAAUUUAUUUUAUUAGAUACG